UCUGCUUGAUCAUCUGGGAGGGGAGGCCAGAAUGGAGAUAAAACUCCAAUCUUCAGCUAUCAGGGAAAAUCCAGAAGCUGUUUUUGAAGUGUUAAAAGAUUUGUAUGGGGGGAGACGGACAUUUGUGCAAUUACAACAGAGGUUUUAUGAGCGAAAACAAAAAGAAGGCGAAUCACUUACCGAAUUUUCUCAUGCUCUUAUGUCAUUGAUGGAUGCAAUUCUUAACGGGAACCCAGGCAGCGUUCCGAAUUCUGACAAAGUGCUUCGCGAUCAGUUUGUUGAAUAUGUUCAAGAUGUAAUGCUGAAGCGUGAGUUAAAAAGAUUUGUGAGGGAGAAACCAUCUUCUACAUUGCUGGAGGUUCGACGUGAAGCUCUUAGGUGGGUGGAAGAGGGAAAUAAGGAAACAACUGCCUUAUAUUCUCAGUCAUGGUGUAACGCUACUCAUGGUAGGGUUAUUGAUAUGGAGCCUAAGGUUAGGUUCCAGGAUUCUACAGACUUAAAGGAGGUUAAGGAGAUGUUAAAACAACAGCAAGUACAAAUAAAUGACCUUACCCAGCGUUUUGAUAGUUUUAUGUCUCAGAGGAAUGAUCCACCUGUUGUUCCUUCAACUAGGCAGAAUUCUUCACGUCGAUGCCUUCGCUGUAAUAGAGUUGGGCAUAUUGCCAGAUACUGUCGGUCAUCCUGGCCUGUUGAGUCAAAUGCUAGGUCACCUCAGGCAAAUGUCAAUGAGACUUCUGUUGGGGAACCUGAUAGUGUAGCCCCUCCUGCAAUCUUGAGUCAGAUCGCAGAGGAAGCUAGUGAAGCCGCACAAACUCCUGUGUGCCCUACUAUUUUGCAGCGUCUUGUGGGCAAAUGCCCUAUUGUGACUGCGGUAAUGGGGGGGGUUGAGAUCUCAUGUUUACUGGACACUGGGUCAAUGGUAACUACUGUAACAGAGUCAUUUUUGAGAAACAUUUUCGACAAUUGAGGGUGGAUGCUCUUAAAAAUGUAGUUGGCUUCAAUUAAAAGCAGCUAAUGGUCUUGCAAUACCAUAUGUGGGUUAUUUUGAAAUAGAUGUGAUUGUGUUGGGGCAAACUCUUCCAAGGCAAAGCGUUUUGGUUGUGAAAGAUCCGGUUGAUACACUGUUCCAUCAGAAGAAGGCACUUACUCCAGGCCUCUUGGGUAUGAAUGUAAUUGGACAAUGUUAUAAUGACUUGUUUGAAAAACAUGGCCCAGCACUAUUUUCAGUCCCUCAGGUCAGGCAGGCAGAGUUAGGCUGGAGAGAUGCCUUGUCUCAGUGUCACCAAGCUGAGGAGUCCCCCGUCCCUGGAUUUGUUGGUUAUGUGAGAGUCCAGUCCUGCCAACCUGUCCAGAUUCCGGCUGGAACGAUGAGUGGUGUGACUGGAUUAUUGCCUGACUGUGGCCUGACCAUCUUGUCGAAAUAGUGGAUGUGAAAGGUUUGCAGUGUGAUUGCUGUGAGCUUGGCUGCUGUGAGAACACUUUGGCUUCUAGGCCCUUCUUUCACUUUCUUAGGCAACCUGUGGCCACCUAGGGCCAGUUUUCUUUUAUUUCUUUUUCUUUAUUUUGUGGGCAUUUACAUCCAAAAGGGUAUGUGAUAUGUUUUAACAUGUUUGACUUGUCUUUAAUAAAAAUGUAUUUGAUUCUUUAAAGUCACCUCAUGGCCCCUUCUUUUGGUUAUUGACACAGUGAUUGGUCAUCAU